CCGCGGGCUUGUCUGUGACUCCCGCCGUCAUCGAGGGACCUGUCCACUGCCAUGGCCGAUGCUGACCUCUACAACCUCGAGUUCCUAUCUCUCGUCCUGAAGAUUACCCAAGAGAUCGACAACCACUCCGGCAUAAAUGACAAGACGUUGGCCGAGUUCGUUAUUGACCUGCACGAGCAGUCGAAGACGCUGUCCGUUUUCAAACAGAAACUCAAGGAUGCCGGCGCGAACUUCCCUGACUCCUUUGUCGAGAAUGUAGAUCGCCUCAUUCUUCGACUGCAUCCGAAACUUGAGAAGCCUCUUGCUGGGGACAAGGAGAACGUAGCGGCGGACGCAGGCGUUCUCGACGAAGGAAACAAAGAAGAAACGCAUGUUUCAUGGUCUCGCUCUGAAGGAUCGGGGGUGGGAGCCUGGCACGGCGAGGGACACUGUCAUGAAGGAGGUCAACGACCUCAUGUCCCAGUUCAGUUCGAGGGUGCUGCGAAACGGGCAAGGGGGAGGCCUGCAGAAGGGGAGCGAUCACCGAAGAGGUAGCGUACGUCUGGUUCACGUUCAUCACCGCCCCCACCGCGGCAUAGUCCUAGCCCCUCGCACGGGAGAGGCCAUGGUGGGCGACGUGACGACAGGUACGGUAGGAAUCCCGACCGAGGACGAGCACUGGACGAGCGUCCAGUGCUCUUCAAGAUAUAAAAUGGCCGCGUCUUAGGCUUGAAGGACUUCGGAGCUUUCGUACAGUUUGAGGAUCUCGCUGGCAGGGUCGAAGGUACGUCGCGACACUCACCCCUGCAAUGUGCUUUGAUCCUCACGACGAGGGAGUACUGCCACAACAUCACCACCAUUAAGCCAAAGUGGCUAGUGGAAGUUGCGCCCCAGUUCUACAAGGUUGCUGAUUGGCAAACAGGAUCAGCAAACGUAAGAAGCAGGAGAAGAUUGCACCGUUGUAGAACAAGGUAUGUC